AUGCAGGAUACCACCAAGAACUCAACUUACAGUCCCGAGGAAAUACUUUUGCAUGCAAUCAAGAAGCAAAGAGCAGCUAGUGGAGAUCUCAGGAAUGCUGUGAAAGUACUCCAGAAUCAGGAAGAAGAAACACCUCGUGAUGAUGAAAAUGAUUAUGAUAAUGAUGAUGAAGACGACAAUGAUGAGGAGGAAGAUGCAAAAUAUUGUAGACGUGGGUUUGAUCAUGGAUACCAUCUAGUGAAAGGCCAAAUGGGUCAUGGCAUGGAAGACUACAUCGUCGCUGAUACAAAAACUGUUAAAGGCCAUAAACUUGGGUUAUACGCCAUAUUCGAUGGACACUCUGGUCAUGAUGUAGCAGAUUACUUGCAGAGCCAUCUUUUUAACAACAUCUUGAGUCAGCCGGAUUUUUGGAAACACCCUAAGAAGGCAAUCAAGAGAGCUUAUAAACUUACGGACGACUACGUUCUCCAUAACGUGGUUGGUUCACGAGGUGGCUCCACGGCUGUGACGGCUAUAGUUGUUGACGGGAAGAAACUUGUGGUUGCAAACGUUGGAGAUUCAAGAGCAAUCUUGUGUCGUAAAAAUGAUGUAGUGAAACAACUUACGGUUGAUCAUGAGCCUGAGAAGGAGAGAGACCUUGUAGAGAGCAAAGGCGGCUUCAUCUCCAAAAAGCCAGGUAAUGUUCCAAGAGUCGAUGGACAACUAGCAAUGACACGUGCGUUUGGAGAUGGACGUCUUAAAGAACAUAUUAGUGUGAGGCCGGACAUAGAGAUUGUUGAGAUCCAUGGCGACACAAAGUUCUUGAUCUUGGCAAGCGAUGGACUCUGGAAGGUGAUGUCGAAUGAAGAGGCAUGGGACGAGAUUAAAGAGAUUAGGGAUGCAGAGAAAGCUGCUAAAGCACUGAUUGAUGAAGCAUUAGCUAGAGGAAGUAAAGAUGAUAUCUCUUGUAUUGCUGUUUCCUUCACCUAG